AUGUCACCUAAUCUAACUACAUUUGCAUCACAUUUGAGUAGUUUAAAUAAUUAUUCUGAUGUACGACAUUGUAUACCGAUACUAUCAAUAAGUAAUUCAAGUGAAGAUUUAUACAAAGGUAAUAUUGUGUUAGCUUAUGAUAUUGAACAUAAGUCAAAUGGUUGGUACUUAAUAAAUAAUAAGAUUAACUGUGAAAUAGAAGAGAAAAACAAUAGUUUGAAUCAAUCACUAAUGAAUUCUAUCAAGACUGUAAUGUGUGAAAGAGUUAAUUUCAAUGAAGUUUGGAAAUUUAAGCACUAUUUAACCAUCAAUCCAUCAACUCAACCAUAUUUAAGUACAUUACAGACACUGUGUAAUACUGUUGUGAAUUUCAAUGAUGAAAGUAGUAUAAGCUAUGCGUAA